AUGGUUUGGAAAAUCUGCCCCAAGCCCAAAAAGCAGAACCAAGAGACUAUGUCUAAAUCACCGGGAACUGAAUUGGUUGCAGUUACCAAUAAUGCUGUCCCAACCAAAAAGAGCGAAUUCGAAGGGUUCCCACUCGAUAUUAUAAACAUUACUCUUCGAUAUCCUACUCGAGCGAGAUGA